CGAAGAUGCCUCCAGCCUUCGUCCUGCGGGCCGGCGGGAGAGCCGGGGCUGCAGCUGCGAGACGGAGGAGGAGGGCGGCGCGGCGGGCGCCGGCAGGCUGCUUUGCCUUGGGCCUCUUUUGGCACAUCUGCUCACUCAUGUGUGAGUUGAAGUCCCCACUCCCUUCCUGGUGAGAAUUUUUUGGAGAACAGAAGAAAGAGCCACUUCUCUUUGAAGAUGAACUCCACCGACCUCCUUCAGAACUCCACCAACCUCUUUCAGAACACUCCCAAUGCCACCUUGCUCCAUGUGCCUCGUUCACAGGGAGGGAACAGCACCUCUGCCAAGGAGGACCCUCAGGACAUGGUCCACAUGGCCACCCUGGUGACCUGCAUUUUUCUGCUUGCUGUCAUUUUCUGUCUGGGCUCUUAUGGCAACUUCAUUGUCUUCUUGUCUUUCUUUGACCCAGCCUUUAGGAAAUUCAGAACCAACUUUGAUUUCAUGAUCCUGAACCUUUCUUUCUGUGACCUGUUUAUUUGUGGAGUCACAGCCCCCAUGUUCAUCUUUGUGAUGUUCCUCAGCUCAGCUGGUGGCAUCCCAGAUGGGUUCUGCUUCACCUUCCACCUUACCAGUUCAGGCUUCAUCAUCAUGUCCCUGAAGAUGGUGGCCCUGAUUGCCCUGCACCGGCUCCGGAUGGUUCUGGGCAAACAGCCUAACCGCCCUGCCUCCUUUCCCUGCACAUUGCUCCUCACCCUGCUUCUCUGGGCUACCAGUUUCACCCUUGCUACUUUGGCCACACUGAGAACUAAUAAGUCCCACCUCUGUCUUCCCAUGUCCAGUCUGAUGGCCGGGGAAGGGAAAGCCGUUCUGUCCCUCUAUGUGGUUGACUUCACCUUCUGUGUCACUGUGGUGUCUGUCUCCUACAUCAUGAUUGCCCGGACCCUUCAGAAGAACACUCAAGUUAGAAAGUGUCCUGUCAUCACAGUCGAUGCUUCCAGACCCCCGCCUUUCAUGGGGGACCCUGCCACAGGUAGGGGAGACCCAAUGCAAUGCUCCAUGCCAGCUCUGUAUAGGAAUCAGAAUUACAACAAACUGCAGCAUGUUCAGACACAUGGAUACACCAAGAAUCCCAGCCAGCUGCCAAACCUUGCGGCCAGCCGACUCCAGCUGGUGUCAGCCAUCAACCUCUCCACUGCCAAGGACUCCAAAGCGGUGAUCACCUGUGUGAUCAUAGUUCUGUCUGUCCUGGUGUGCUGUCUUCCACUGGGGAUCUCCUUGGUGCAGGUGGUUCUGUCCAACAAUGGGAACUUCAUCCUGUACCAGUUCGAACUGUUUGGGUUUACCCUUAUAUUUUUCAAGUCAGGAUUAAACCCUUUUAUAUAUUCUCGGAACAGUGUAGGGCUGAGAAGGAAAGUACUCUGGUGCCUCCAGUACAUUAAUCUGGCUUUUUUCUGCUGCAAACAGAAGACUCGUCUUCGAGCCAUGGGUAAAGGGAACCUUGAAGUCAACAGAAACAAAUCCUCCCAUCAUGAAACAAACUCUGCCUACAUGCUGUCUCCAAAGCCACAGAAGAAAUUUGUGGACCAGGCUUGUGGUCCAAGUCAUUCAAAGGAAAGUGUAGUAAGUCCCAAAGUCUCUGCUGGACAUCAACACUAUGGUCAGAGCAGCUCGACCCCCAUCAACACACGCAUUGAAGCAUACUAUAGCAUCUAUAACAGCAGCCCUUCCCAGGAGGAGACCAGUCCAAGAGAGUUACAGCCCCUAAACUCUUUUGGAUUUGCGAGUUCAUACAUUGCCAUACAUUAUCAUACCACGAAUGACUUAAUGCGAGAAUAUGAUAGCACUUCAACCAAGCAGAUUCCUAUCCCCUCUGUUUAAAGUCUAGAGAAUUUUAUGCUAAUGGUUGUUUCUAAAUACAUACUGAUUGAUUUCUUUUGAAAACAAAUUCUGAGGUCAGUGACAAACUAAAAUAUGGAAAGCCAACUAGCUUAAAAGUUGGCCAUUUUUCAUUUGUUUGAAAUAUUAAUAUCUAGAUGUGCUUUGUAGCCUCUUGGCAUUUUAAGAUUUGAUGUACAAGUUGUUUUAGAUUUUUUUUUUACCCUGACCUCUGACACAGUCUUUUGUACACCUUUUACAAGAUGUCAGGAGCAAUUUUACCACUGGGUGGAAGUAGGAAGGCCACUGUACAGUCCUUGGAGUCAGUAUGAUAGGUCUUCAAAGUAGCAUUUUCUGAACUGUUUUAAAGGGGAAUUUUAAAAAAGAAUUUGCUGAAACGUUUUUAUAAGAAUAUGAGAUUUUAGUAUCUGAAGUACUAAAAUAAGAUACUUUUUCUAGGUAGCAGGUUAAUUUGAAUAAAUAUUCUAUUGUUAAAGGAGAAAAUUAGAACCUAUACUUCUGUCCUUAACCAAACAGUCUCACACAGCAUUAAGUAACUUCCUUUUAUGAGACAGUCACCUAACAAUGUAGAACUAUGGUUACUGUCGUAUCUUAUUAGAGACAGUAAUGUUUGGUGUCAGUUGAGCAGCUAUUUCUGUUUGUCUUAAAAGGAAAGCGGUUGUACUUGUUGCCAAUGCUCUGCUCUGUUCCAGAAAAGACAGCUCUCUAGAGGAGGAGCACCGUCCUGCCAGCAGGCACUGUGCUCAUCAAGGGAGGGACUUGUUAUGUGAAAGGCAGUGUGGACUAUGGUCAUGAAUUAGGCAAACUUUUACUUAACAAGGCACAGAGAUGUGAUUGACAAAGUUCUGACUUUUCUUUUCUUUCUGGGGUAAGGGGAGGAGUUGAGGCAGGGUCUCACUCUAGCCCAGGCUGACCUGGAGCUCACUCUGUAGCUCCAAGAUGGCCUUGAACUUCUACCUCCGCCUCCCUUGUGUUGGGAUUAAUGAAGUGAGCCACCACACCUGGCUUUCUGUGUAAGAGUUUAGUAGCCACCUAACAGUAUUCAUAUAACUAUUUAGAAAUAAUUUCUUUUUAAUAUGUUGCUAUGAUAAGAAUAAUUGAUAAGGUGAUCUAUUUUCAAACUAUGUUUUUCUCUUUUUUGUAAUAUGAGAGACUGAACCCAGGGCCUUGUGCAUGCUAGGCAAACACUUUACCAUUAAACUGUGUCUCCAGGCCCAAACUAAUUAUUUUAUUUCUCCCCCAUUAAUCUUUACCUGGAUAUGCGUGACUAAAUUAAGUAUUUUUACAUCUGAAACUGAUUUUAUUACAUAAUCUGUGAUUCCUAGAAUAACAACUAUGAAGUCAUAUUUUUAUAUAAAAAUAAUUUUAUUCAUACAGUUAGUAUUUGAAGUCACUAGAAUUUUGGAACUCUAACUUUUAGACUCAAAAUAAACAUUAAGAUAUAAAACCUGUCUUUACAAACUGUUAUAUUCAACAUUACUAUUGCAAAUCAGAAAAUAUAAUAAUUAAAGGCACCCUCCCUCAGGCUGUUCCCAAAGUCAAGAUCACUGGAGGCACUGAAAGAUAGUAGCUCUUCGCCCAGAACUAGGCUCAGCGUCCUCACGGACAAUAACUUCCAGUGUUCCCCAGCCGUUUCUUUUCUUUUUCUUUUUCUUUUAUUUUGUUUUUAAGAUUGAAGUGUGAGAUGAAGUUUUUCUUUUAAUAUUUUUUUGUUCAUAUUUUAUUUAUUCAUUUGAGAGCGACAGACACAGAGAGAAAGACAGAUAGAGGGAGAGAGAGAGAAUGGGUGCGCCAGGGCUUCCAGCCUCUGCAGACGAACUCCAGACGCGUGCGCCCCUUGUGCAAGAUGAAGUUUUUAAGACUGACUUUUGUACCUGCAUCUUCUUACCUUCCCUCCCUCCUUUCCUUCUCUGCAUUGUUUACUUUUUUUUUUGGUACUAAGUUUUAUAAAAUACUUAUCACUUUUUUGUAGGUGAGUACUACUUUUGCAAGUCAUGAUUACCUAUCUCAGCUGCACUUUUUUGUUGUUUUGUUUUGUUUUUUCGAGGUAGGGUCUUGCUCUAGCCCAGGCUGACCUGGAAUUAACUAUGCAGUCUCAGGGUGGCCUAGAACUCACAGCGAUCCUCUUGCCUCUGCCUCUUGAGUGCUGGGAUUAAAGGCAUGCGCCAUGACGGCCAGCUCAGCUGUACUUUUAUAUUUUUAUCAUAUUGUUCUCAUUAGUAUUUUUAUGAGUUAGAUGUAAUUCUUUUCACAAAGAAUUUUUAAAAAUCUAAUAUCCUUUUUAAAGAUUAUUUGAAGAAUUUUGGCAAGUUACAAAUUAAACCUUUUUUUUUUUUUUUUUGAGGUAGGGUCUUGCUCUAUCACAGGUUAACCUGGAAUUCACUAUGUAGUCUCAGGCUGGCCUCAAAUUCAUAGCGAUCAUCCUACCUCUGCCUCCCGAGUGUUGGGAUUAAAGCUGUGCAUUAUAAUGCCUGGUCCACAAAUUAAACAUUUGCCCUGAUUCACAAACUAACAUUUAGUAAGUAAGCAAACAACUUUAUAAUUAAUAGCAAUCAAGAAGAUAGUUCACACUUUUAGAGGUGUAUAUCUCAUUUUAGGGGACAGGGAUUUAAAAUGUGACUUAAUAAAAGGUUGUAACAAAAGUAAUUACUGAUUGUUACAUUUUAAGUGUCAGAUAUUCCCAUAUGACCCUUGAGUUUGAGAUGAUUUAACUAGCAUGAAGCCCAUCUUUGAGAGGCAUAAAGAAAACUAAUCAUGUACACGUAAGUUAUUCAGUUUUUUCAUGUUCAUCAAGAAAUUCUUGAUUUAAUUCACAUUGAAUACAUACUGGCCUAGAUUCUCGUCUUCCCUCUAAUAUCUGUAUUGAUACAAAGAUGUACCGUCUCUUUAUAAGUUACCAUAUGUCCAUCUCUACCUGUUUGAUGGCCAUUAUAGACCAACAUAUGUAGCUUGUCUACUCACAAGGGCUAAGAGGAGAACUCAGAAAUGAGACUUCAGUUGAAUAUGAUUUAUCUGUAGGGCACAUUAGUUCUCUUCAUGCUUUGCUGUGCUGCGAAGUAUGUGUCUUUAAAAUAUUUUAUAAGAAUUCCUAUGUUAAUCUUUAGGCCAGAUUUGUAUCUCUGAUGCCUUUAAUGUACUUUUAAAAUAAAGGUUGGAAAAUAAAAAUACUGAAAAUACAAA